AUGCCCGUUCUCGAAGGAAUCGUUGGCAUCAGUGCCACGAUUCUGAGAGAUGGAAGACCAGUUGGAGAGCUCAACGACCACCCUUGGAUCAUCAAAACUCCAAUGACAGCCACCAGGCACAUUGAAGCUGACACCGGCCUGGAACCUUGGUCCAUCUUCAUGACCGUGUCCAAAGACUAUGACUUCAGUGCUGGCCAGAUGCACUCUCUGAGCUUUUCCGUCUACGUUGACGGCUUCUGUAUCGGCAGACGCGUCUGCAAGCCGUUCGACGUUGACUCUUGUCCGUGGGAGGAGACUAUGACUUUCGGCUGGUACGAAAUUGGAUCUUGUCACUGGCCCCAACUCGGCAAGGAGUUCAACUUGGGACCCCAGAGACCCAACGAUCUCAAAUUUGCCAAUUUCCAGCUUCCCAGAUCGAAUAACCCCGAGAAGGGAACCCUCGAGGUUCGCGUCCACAGAUCUCUGGAUCCGACUAUCGUUGGUGAAAACAUUGCAAAGGCAUUCGACGAGGAUGACGAGACAUUUUUCCAAACCUUCCACAGAAACAGCGCCGCCGACAUGUACCCUGGCGAAGCUAUUCGUAGUCCCUUUGCAAGUUUCAAGUUCAUCUUCAAGGAUCUCGAUGACCUGAUCGCCGAGGGCAUUGAUCUGCAGGGACCUUGCAUGUACCAGCGUCCAUGUGUCAAGGGCGACUACCAGAACCAGAUUGAGAAGUAUGGUGCCAUUGAUGUGCACAAGACCUGGCCCCAGGAGAAGAAGGGACCAAGCGGAUGGCUUAUUGCCCAGAUGGAGCACAUCCAAUUUCUCGAAGACAGUCACCCGGUUCGCGCUCCCGUCGCUCAAAUGGACCCGGACGCAAAUCCGCCCCUCGAGAACGACCCCAUGUACCGAGCGGGCUGGUAUGCUCCGACGCUCUACAACCAAGCCGAGAGCGAUUCCGACGACGAACUUAAGGAUGAUGGAGAUUCGCGUCUUUCAGACCCCGACUUGACCUGCUCGCAAGAGGUCGAGGACGACGAUGACUACUCGGAUCAGGAAUCUGACGACGAUGAGCAAGAGGAAGAGGAAGAUUACAGCUCGAGCGAGGACGAUGAUCAAGACUUUUACAUGGGAGAUCUUGACUUCACCUACCAGACAGAGAGCGAUGACGACGAUGAGGAUGAAUUUCUCGAGACCAAUGAUGAGCCUCCUCGCAAGAAACAGCGCAUGUUCUGA